UAUGAAAAUGAGCAAGAGUAACCUAAAAAUUGACAGGAACAUCAGGAUUUCCUUCCUCCAGGAUCAUAAAGGACAGCUUAAAUAUUGCAAAAACAAUUUUAAAAUCCUUGGGCAAAAGUUUAGAGACAAAGAUUUGGCACUUGCUAACUGCAAAUCACAUCCUCAAGAGGCCUCUGCAGAGCCCCGUGAUCAAAGGAGUGAGAGGAGCAAGAACAUUUUUGUGCAUGGGCAUAAAUUCCAAAAUCCUUUCUAUACUAGAAAGAUGCUUGUAAAUCUUAACAAGCUUGCGCCUAGAUCUUUCUCUGAGGAGAAAGCUAGGGGCCAUCAAAGGAAGAGACAUAUGAAAAGAGAUAGCAAAUCGUUCAUGAAAAUGAACCCAUGUCAUUCCCAUGUGGGUAGUGACUCGAUUGUGCAGAACACAGAUCUGAUGCAGGAGACUGCACGAUUCACUUUUAUGAAACAACAUAAUGAAGAGCAGAGCUUACCUAAUUACUUAAAUGAAAGAAAGCAGAUGGAAAAGUCUCUGGUUAUGCCUAUCUUUAACCACCCAGAUAAGGACUUUGAGCUGCCUCAGAGAGUCGAGAUGAAAGAGCCGAUAAAUAUGAAAUAUAAGGACAGGAUCAGGAUGCAAAGCGAUCAAAAUACCAAGAGAAAAAUUAAAGACGUUAAUCUGAAUAUCGGCAAAAUUCGGGAGAACAAUAUGAUUAGGCAGAAUCUGAAACAACUGUAUGCUAAUGGCCAUCAUAGGCAUCAUAGCGAUGUCACUGGGAUGUAUUCCCAGGGAAUGGACUUUUCAACCAAAAACCCUUUUGAAGUCGAGAAUAAAAGUAGGAUCAAGAAGCAAUUAUCAAAUAAGCAACAAAUCAUUCGUGAAGUGUUCUCGCCUCCAAGCAAGGUCCGGAGGAGGAGACAGAAAGUCUCUUAUGACUCUGAAGCUAAUUAUGGUCAUGAUUUCACUGAUGAAAGAUCUUUUGAUGAGAGAAAUUAUACCCCUGGACUUAACCUUAAUGGUAGUUUUAAGGAGAAAGACAGAGAGAUCUUUCCAAGAAACUAUACUUCUGAAGGGGGUACUGUUAGAACUAGGUUUAACACUUCUGAGACAGAUACUAUCCAAUCUUUACCUGGCAUCCACAGGCAGGAUGGGUAUGACAUUCUUCAGGACCAUGUCGAUACAAUGACUUCGAAUAAAUUGAAACUUGUCCAUAUCACUCCGAAUGAAUAUAAAAAGAGGAUGAAAGAUAUAGCAGACCUUUGGAUCAUCUCUUCUGAAAGGGAAACCAGCAUCUAAGCUCAGGUAUCUACCUUUCCUAGAAGAAUAGUGAGACCAGGAUGGAUAUCACAUUGAAAGAUGU